AUGAAUAAUAGAGUGAAUUCUCAUGCUAAUGCAAUCAAGCAACUUGAGGGCCAGUCAAGUAAACUUUCAGCACAAUUGGAACCCAAAGUAAUUGAAAAUGGUGAAGCUGUAUACACAACAACUGUAAGGGUUGAUGAUGAUAAAAAUUUGGUUGUGGUGACUCGAAGUGGAAAGGUAGUGGUUGUUACUAUGAAGGGUAAUGAUGAGGUACAAGCUCAUGAAGAAGAGAAUCCCAUUCAAGCACCAGAGAGUCAUAAGCUAAGCCACGAUGAAAAUUUGCAAAAAGCUAAAGAAAAGGCUACUUCAAUCCCAAAGAUAGUGCAAUCUCUUCCCAAAAUAGGUCCCCUAUUUCCUUAUCGUCUCAAGAAGAAAAAUGAAGAUGAGAAGUUCAAGAAGUUCCUAUCCAUGUUAAAGACAGUCUCUAUAAAUCUGCCAUUAGUGGAAGCAUUGUUGGAAAUGUCGGGUUAUGCCAAAUUCAUGAAGGAGUUAGUCACCAAGAAUAGAAGCAUGGAUUUUGAGACAAUAGAAAUUUCACAUAAUUGUAGUGCCAUUAUGACUAGCAAGAUGAUUAUAAAGAAGGAAGAGCCGGAAGCAUUCCCCAUUCCAUGCACUAUAGGUAUGCUUGAAUUUUCUAAAGCUCUAUGUGAUUUGGGGGCAAGUAUAAAUCUAAUGCCCUAUGCAAUCAAUAAGCAACUUGGGCUGGGCAAACCAAAAUCCACAACAAUGCAACUUCUUAUGGCGGACCAGUCGAUCAAACACCCCGUUGGGAUACUCUAUGAUAUAUUAGUGAAGGUUGAUGGAUUCAUCUUUUCGGCUGAUUUUUUUAUUCUUGAUUGUGAGAUUUAUGCUGAAAUUCCCAUUAUUCUGGGAAGACCAUUUUUAGCAACCGAGAGAGCACUAGUGGAUGUUGAAAGCGGAGAAUUGAAGUUCCAGGUGAAUGAAGAUCAGGUCACCUUUAAUGUUGUUUUUGCAAACUAUGAUGAGCCCGAAGUUCAAGAUUAUGAUGAAGUGGUAGCCGCUCUUUUAGGAUUAGGAGAAUACUCAAGGAACCCAUUGGAGCCAGAUAUCGAUCUAGAGAAUUAA